CGAAGGCAAACGAAUUUGUGCAUAACCACUUGGUAGGAUUUACGAACUGUGUCCAUGGCAUUGUUGUCUCAGAAGUAUCACCAACCCGGAGCAGUAGAUAGAACACUAUCUCCCACCAGAAGCCAGAAGAAAAGGUUCCUGUUACAUUGUUGGAAUAACAUCAUUCUGUAGCAAAGAGAGAAUUCGUUGCCGAGUCCUUUUUAUGUUAGAUGAGAAGGAGAAGGAGCUAGGAAGGCUCGUCCCGUGCAAUUAGAGAAGAGAGAGAGAGAGAGAAAGUGAGAGAGUGAGAGAGCGAGAGAGAGAGAUAUGAGACGGGAAGAGAAGAGAGAGAGAGGGAGAGAAAAGAUCUACCGUCGUGCCUCACAUAAAAGGGGAGAGCUCUCCUACCAAAGACUGCUCAAAGUUGGAGAGAGAGAAGGGUAUAAGAAUAAGAAGAACAGCGAAUCAACAUAGAGAAGAGGGAAUGGGGCAUCACUCCUGUUGCAACCAACAGAAGGUGAGGAGAGGGCUAUGGUCUCCUGAAGAAGACGAGAAGCUCAUCAGAUAUAUCACAGCCCACGGCUAUUGCUGCUGGAGUGAGGUCCCCAUGAAAGCAGGGCUUCAAAGGUGUGGCAAGAGUUGCCGCUUAAGAUGGAUCAAUUACUUGAGACCCGGCAUAAGGCGAGGAAGGAUAACGCCGGAGGAGGAGAAGUUAAUCAUCAGCCUCCACGGGAUUGUUGGGAACAGAUGGGCUCACAUAGCAAGCCAUUUGCCUGGUCGAACAGACAACGAGAUCAAGAACUACUGGAACUCUUGGAUCAAGAAGAAGAUCCGCAAGCCUACGACACCCCAGCCUACCGCGUCCCCGAGAGUUGAGCUGGUCCACCCAUCUCGCAACUCCAUGAAUCAACUCGAUUCUACUGAUCUCCAUCGAGAUUUAACGUCCAAGUCAUCGCCGGAUCCCAUAUUUCCUUCUCCUUGGCCUCUUUUCAUGUUUGACGAUGGAGGCGUCAGUGGCAGACACUCAGCCAGCAGCUGCACGAGGGAGGAACCUCUUCAGGAAGCGACAUGUUCCGACAUGUACAACGUCCCUAACCACAAGCAAGACGAAGCAGAUAUGCCUUCCCUCUUCGACUUGGUGAACAGCAGCAUGACCUACAACAAUUUGCCGCCUUUGGUUGACGACAUGGAGAACACUGUCACUGAGGAGGAGGCACAGCCGUGUUGUCUGGGAGACAAUGGGGAGGUAAGCGGGGAAAGCUUUGAGAAGAAAGGGCUGGGUGAGUGGCUGGUGCCACAGCAAUACUCUUGCUUGCUUUCUUGGGACGAUGUCCAGAGUCCCAUUGGAGAUGAAGCUAUCAUCACAACUUCCUCUAGUAUGGCCACCAUGGAUACAACGUUCCCUUUCCCAUGGCAAUAAACACACGUCACACACACGAGGGAACAUUUUGUGGUUUGGAAUUGGAUGGUCCUUUGAUUUGUUUUGUUUGCUUGACAUUGUGGAUAACAGUAAUAAUGAGCGAUGAUCACGCAAUAUGGAGAACAUUUGGAAGGAAGGAAUGGAAGAAAUGAAACGGGGAGGUGA